AUGGAUGGACUACCGGAUAACCCCGAUGAAUGGUUUCGACUUGAGGAUCCUGAUGAGCCAUUUGGAAUUCCUUUGCAUCCACCUCCACUACACUUAGCUGGGGAUCCGUACUUUCCCCUAGACGCUCUUAAGGAGGAGGAUCCCGAAGAGGAUCCUGAGGAGGAUCCCGAAAAGGAUCCUGAGGAGGACCCCGAUGAGGAGGAGCUCGAGGAUGAAGGCAUAUUGCAGGAUACCCAAGAGACUGAUGAUGAUCGUCCUACGGAGGAUGAGGGAGACCUCUCCAAAGAGGAACCUACUCCCCUUACCCCACCAGUCUCACCACCGAGACCCUACUACCAGUCGUACCGUCUGCGCGGCAAGGGGCCUUGUAUGAUGAGGACCCCAGGUACUACUAUAUCUCCUAUUUACGACUUGGACCCAGUUGCUCAGGUUUCCCGACCCACUAGUGGUCUAUUAGGGAAACAAACUCGACCCAGUGAGCCAUCUUGGCUCGCAGACCUCCUUUGCAGGAGGGAUGCUACUGAUCUACCACCAUGGUUUAAGUUUAUGAGAGGUCCAGGCUCUAUUUCCCUUGACCAUCGAGUUGAGACACUCGAGGAAGAGGAGAAGGAGAAUUCUGAUGCGAUCCAGAUAUUAUAUCAUCUCUCGGGUGCUGAUCAUGAUGCAGUGAAUGCCUUGAGUGCUCAGGUUAGAGCACAGAAAUAUCGGAUUUAG